CCCAAGUCCUCAAGUACAAUAUUUUGUGCGCGAUAUUUUCAAUGUUCAGUGCAGUCUUCUUUGGGAGAGCUAGUACCUCGAUAACACGCAGUCUCGUCUCGUUAUCAUCUGACGCUCUCUGCUAUCCUUUUCUCCUGAAUUUCUAUAAUCAAAUUAAAACAUGUCUACCUACAAACUGACGUAUUUCGAUGCUCGUGCUAGAGGGGAACCUGCCAGGAUGCUCUUUGCUCUGGCUGGGCAGAAGUAUGAAGAUAUUCGGUAUGAUUUCGAGGGACAGGAGUGGCCACAGAUCAAAGGAGAUAGGAAAAGGUUUCCCCUUGGUCAGCUACCCGUGUUGGAUGUAGACGGUCAGCUCCUGACUCAAAGCAGGGCUAUUUACCGCUUUCUAGCUCGUCGCUUUCCAGGUGAUUACUAUGGGAAGAACGAUGAUGAGCGUGCACAGAUAGACGUCAUCCUUGGGAUCAUAGCGGACAUCGAGAUCGCAAUCACACCGGCUUUCGAGACACCAGACGCUGCCAAAAGAGAAGCCGACCUUGUCAAGGCUAGGGACAGUACUCUUAAGCCUUCAUAUGAGUUCUUCUCUCAAUCUCUUCAGAAAGCAGGAGGAAAAUACUUCGUUGGAAACAGGAUGACGUUAGCCGAUCUGGUCAUCUUCAAUCUCAUCGAUUUUUUCAUGGACAGCAUCAUUGGUCUGAAGACAUAUUUUGACCCUUACCCAAACCUGGUCAAGUACUACGAAACAAUCAAGAGUGACUCUCCUCUCACCGGAUAUCUCAAAUCAAGGAAAAACACCCCUUAUUAAAAUCAUAUUUUCUGUCAUAACGUCUAAAGCAGAUUGAGCGAAAGAGUUGAAGUAGAAGAGUGAAAAGGGAAUGAUUGAUAGAUUGGUGUAGAGAAACGCCGAAAGGGCCUAGCUAUUGUCAGCUAGGAUGGGGGGAUAUUUCCUAUCAUUAUUACAAACGAAAAACUUUCGCUCAAUAUUGGCUAGAAUCUGAGCAUGCAUGUAUACGAUAAAUCUAUUAAAUGCAAUUAUUCUAUAAAAAAAACGUGGUAACAUUGGUCAUUAAUCAUUAUCCCUACAUAACCAAACGUGAAUUUUUGAAGUCAAUUAUUGAGGAAAAUACACAAGUCUUUAAGAAUAUUUUUAAUUGGCUUCCAUUUUGGAUAUUAUAAGUGUGUGUUACCCAAAGGGAAGCUUGUAUAUUGCAUUUCGUGGCGGCACUAGGAUUUUUAAAUAGGAGGGCAAGUGGGGAUGGGGGGGGGGGCAAAGAAGAUUUUGGGGAGCAGAGGUAGACAAUAUUUUUUGUUGUUGCAUGUUUUGCAAAAAUAGUGUGUAAAGUAUGAGCUGAAUUGUUAAUAUACUGAACUGAAAAGGGACCUUUUGACGACUGUUUGCGGUUGUUCAUAAAGAAGAUAGUCAGUGAU